AUGGACGUGGUGCCAGUAGCCGCCAGGCGGGUGGCGUGGCGCCGCCUGAUUGCGGGCCUGACACUCACAUUCGCAUGGGCCCGACCCUUGGCGGGCGCGGAAGUGACGCGCGCGCGAUGCGUGCAUCCGCCGGUGUUCCGUGCCCAUCGCGGCACGGUCGACCGAGCGGCCUUGGGUCUGGAGAUCCUGGGCUAUGCCCAGUUCCAUCGCGGGUCUGUCGUUGUUGGGUUCAACGCGCGGCACUUGCGCGGACACAACCUCUACCCGUCGCACCACCUGAGCGCGCGAGCGCAUGACUUCCCGCUGAAUUAUGACGAGUUUUUUGGCCUCGAGUGGCGCGCAUCACUGGAUGGUGCGGCUGCGCUAGCGCCCGUCGCCGGCGCCGAGAAGGACGAAGGCAAAUCGACCGUCGUGCUCGAGUUCGCCGCGCCAAAUGCCACUGCGCCGCAAUCGAUGGAUCUGGUGGCGCGGCACAAGGGGGAGGUGGUCGUCGCGUGGGAUGGCGUCGAAAUCUGUCCGGAGAGCCCUGCGUCACCGGCGGGAAGUGUCGACCUUGCAGUUUGCACUAUGGUCCUCGUCGGUGGGCGCGACAACGCGCAGGUGGAGGUACGUGUCGCGUCGAUCCUGACGUGGGUUGCGUGGCAUGCGUUUCAGGGCGCGCAGCAUGCGCUCGUGUACCUGGACACUGCUCUUGACGGCACGCACACGCCGUCAGAAAUUGAAGCAGAGUUCGCCAACGAUCUGGAAGAGGGGUUGAAAGACACCGGCGCCGACAUCAAUGUUGUCCUCGUUGACUGGCGCUUCCGUGACAAAAACUUCGCAACGCAGAUACUGAUGCAGUCGCACUGCCUCCGGAGCUACCGCGAUUAUGCAAAGUGGCUCCUGAAUACCGACAUCGACGAGCUCGUCCAGCCGCGCGGGGCCGCAAUGCGGGUAAUUGACGUGACGCGCGCCCUCCUCACGCAGCCUGACGGGCCUUCUGCAGCACUCAUCCCAAUGCGAUUCAUGGUCCUGCCUCAUGUUGCUCCAGCACCCGUCUUCGAUAUGGGACAAUACCGCCUCGCGGGACCGGAACAGCCGCACGGCGCUGGGGCCAAGGUCUUGAUGCGGCCAGAAGACGUCGGCUUCUUUGGCGUCCAUAUCGCCUCAAAUGUCCGGACCUUUGUCAAACUGCUGAAUGCGAGCACCCUCGUUGUGAACCACUUCAAGGGCUUUGGCACCAUGGCGAUGGGGACGACCUCUGUGGAGGAUCCAACGUGGCCGGCGGCCUGGGCUACCUUCCAGCUGGUGACGCCCAACGAGACUCGUCUUGGAUAAAUAAAUAAAUAAAUAAAUAAACAAGCCGAGUGGGUAGCUAGGCGGCCUAGCUCUAACUUGAGUCUAAGCAAAGCAAACAAACAACUUGAAACACAACAAACAAAAUAA